UGAUAUGAAAUCUAUGGUUAUACCAGUCAUGCCAUCUAAUGGUAAGUACACUAUAUGGAAUAUAAACAUUCAGUGAUACACACGGAUUGUUAUUGAUUAUAUGUGAUGGGAAUUAAAUUCAAUUAUCAAAGGUGAACAUAGGUGUGACUAUUAGUUGUUGACAGCACUAAUAUCGGAUUGUCUGUCUGCAGUGGAGGGGUCGGUGCACUUGAAAUUACAUCUACGAUGAGAUAUUUCACUUAGUUAAGUGACUCAUGGCAAGGAAAAUGGAGGACAAAUCUGUUGAUGAGAUGUGCAGAACAAUAGAUAAACUCAAAGAAAUUAUUAUUCUCGUUGAAGCCAAUUAUGUCAUCGAGCAGACAAAAGUCGAUUCCCCUUACAUGACAAAGCUGACAUCUGUCUCAGACAAACUUAAUAUGAUAAGGUCUACCGUGGAUGCACUUCUCACAAAGAUCCCACAACCUCAAACUAGAAAGCAUAGAGGAAGAGAGAGGAAAGAUAGAGACAGUGGUUUAUCGUCAGUUGAUUCAGCUGUUCUCGGAAGCAGAGAUAGCAGUGUUCUAGAAGGCGGCAAUGGACUUGGCUCUUUAGUGCUUGAGGAGAAAAGUGUCUCUACAGAUAACUUACAUCAGCAAUGCCCAUCCUGCUUUCAGAAGGUUCUUAAUCCAUUGCAAGAAACAGAGAGUCCACAAAACAUGCCACCAGGAAAGGAAGCAGCUGAGAACCCGAGCUCCGAUGAUGAAAACAUUUAGCAAUACUCGGAACAUUAAAAGCUGUUGUGGUUCCUUCAGCAAAGAAGAAAUUGUGCUGUAAUUUAUAUCGAGUAUGUUGCAUGCUUGCAAAAUAAUAAUACUAACACAUAUCUUUGCAAACGACGCUUUUAACGAUACAAGAAAAGUGAAUCACAAUUAGAGACAAAUAGAAGAAAUGUAUGUCAUCUUGAUGGAUUUCUAGGAUGUUUGAAACUAACCUCAAUUGUGACAUUAUGCAAAAAAAUAAUUUGAGUUUGGCAGAAUUGACUGAUCUGAUUAUUUAUUUGGUUAUUAAUGUUUUCAUGUUGAGGAAUUGUGCUUUCAAAUCAUUUGAGCAGUGUCCUUUAUUGUACGUGACACAUUGCGGCGCAGACGAUGGUGAGAUACAUUGUAGUUAUGUGGAUAUGUUCCCCUUCUGUAAGGGCGCUUCCUGUGGAUACUAAGCUCUACCAAGACAUUUGUGGCGUACACGGCGAAAGUAUAGGACAAUGGUACUUAGUAAAACUAAAGAGAUGUGCCCGCAAUAUGCCAGGACAAUGAUGGUAUCGAAAAAAAGCAAUUUCCGGACUUCUCCAAAGGUUGGUCAUAUAAUGACCGAACGAACAAAAGCGGAAGCCAAGAAUCAAACUGUCAUAUAAACAACUAACUAGUAUGUUAACAAAGCUUUGAGACAUAACAUGUUGAUCAAAUCAACAAAAAAGGUCAUGACAUUGUGUGUAAAUCGAUGAAAACGUGUAGAAGUGUUAUUAACAUAUAUGCAUGUGCAUUGUAUGAUGUGUGAACCUAUGUCUUGUUUGUUUACGGAGUGGUGAAGCUGAUUGUAGGUGUGAUAUACUGCUAUAUACGUAACAAAGUUAAACGUUUGUAGACAGAACACCAAAUUGAAAUAUGUUCAUGUAAUAAACAAGUUAACUAACAUACAAAGUAUUUAACCAAAUACUAUAUCUCCACAGUUUGCUAAUUGUUAAGCAAAGUUUAAUAGAAUGGCAUUUUUGAUGGUCUUAUAAACCAACAAAAAGAACACUAUUAUUAACUCACUCAUUUUAGUGCACUCAAAUCAAUUUGUUAUGCAUUUUUGAAUUAUAAUAGAUUAGCGCAAUUACGAAUCGGCACACUCCCAAAAUAUGCCGUAAAGAUCAAUAUACAAGAACUUUGAUUGGUGCAUUAGUAACUUCUCGCAAUAACUGAAGCACGAAAAGCGAUAAGAAAUUACUACCGCUUUUGUACAUUUACAAUAUCUAUUAUGUUGAAAGCUUUGCACACUUAUGCUUCAAAUGCAUAUACAUGAAAAUAUCCAUGCACUUGUUUUACUUAUUAACUUGUCCGCCAAUUAUGUGAUGAGGUAUAUUUGGCUUAAACAGAAAAUAAUAUGUCUCGUAAUUAUUUUUUUAAUUCCAAAUAUAAUAUAAUAAUGUAUAAUAUUUCUUAACUUCCAAGUUAAAUGUUUAGAGAUGUUGCGACAGCAUACUGCAGAGUUGUCUUUAGACAGCAUGAUGAAAGUUUGUGUUAAGACAACAAACCUGAAGAAUUUGAAAGAAACCAUAAAAUAGGGAUACGAGUAAACAACAUAAAAAAGAAUUGUACUGAAAACCCCAAAUAUUGCUGUAUACAUCAUAUAUGGUUGAGUUUAGACAAAAGUAUACAAGGAAGUGUUUAAAAAAAUAUUUACCAGAGAGUUGUUUGGGGUCGGUAUUAAGUAACCUGAAACAGGGAUAUGUUGAUUACAGCGUUACACGAUACGUGUUGUUAUUUAUUCAUUCUAAAUUACAUUGUUAUCAUUUAUCGCUUCAUAUAUUACAUACAGUAUAUAAAUUGAAUUUCCUGAUAAGCUGUAUUUAUGAAAUAACACUGUAAAUUAAACUAGAAAUAAUUUCUACGACUUUUCUAGAUUUAUUUUCUGAAAGGAAACAAAAUAAAGAUUUCAUAUACCGGAGGAAAAUAUCAUUCUCUCUUGAAAACCCCCUGAUUGUUAAUGAUAUCAUCGUAUAAUCAAACCAUGUCUAACAAAUCAGAAUUUUACAUCGUUUAGCAGUUGUUUGUUUGGACUAACUGUCGUGCGUAUAUCUUCACUUGGCUUCGUGUUAGCAUAGCGAAUAUAUUGAUAGCGUGAUAGGUGGCAGGUAUUGAUGUUAGCAGUUAACAUGAAAGAUAAAGUAUCACAGGUUUCUGAUACUUAAUUGUCACUGGUCACAAACCCCCUUUGUACUAUAUAGCUACAUUUAUCACAUAAUGUACAGUGUUAUCCAGUGAAUAAACCCAUUUCAUAUUUUUUGGCUUAUCAACCCAUGUAAUAUAACCUACCAGCCAUGUGAUUGGUUGUAAGUUUCAAUUGUUUCAAUUGUGACGUCACACUGAGGACAAGUACAUGAUGUCACAGACUUACGCACUGGAGUGAAAAUGGCGGCGUUUUACAUUUAAAGGUUGCAUUGAAAUUGUCGUAUACACGAAAAAUUGCCACAACUAUUGAUUAUGUGAUAAAAAUGAUCUUACACUCGUUUUCAGUUCAUAUGAAAUUUAUGAAACUCGUCACGAAUUUUUCAUUUUAGCUUGCCAGAGACUCGUUUUAUACAUCUCAUAUGAAAUGAAAACUCAUGAAAGAUCCAGUGCUGCGAUAGGUAUCGUGGUUGUAAUAUAUUAAGAAAUGGUCUGUGAAUAAAAUUAUUUAAUAUUUGAA